AAGAUGGCAGCCGUGGCGCUGCUCCGGGGCGCGGCUGCGGGGCGCGGCAGCCCGGCCUGGCACUGGAGGCCGAGCUGGAUCCCAAGGCGCUGCUUGGCCCAUCGCUCCGGUCUUCUCGGCGACAACCCUGAGGACGGUGUGGCCUGGACCUGCUUCCGGCUAGACGAGCGUGCCUUAAUGCGCGUGCGCGGCCCGGACGCUGCACCCUUCCUGUUGGGACUAUUGACCAAUGAGCUGCCGCUUUCGGGUCCUCCAACCGGCGCGGCUCAGCCCUCUGCGCGUGCGGCGUACGCCCACUUCCUGAAUGUGCAGGGGCGUACACUGUAUGACGUCAUCUUGUAUGGACUCCCUGAGAGCACCGAGGAGGCACCAGGCUUUCUCCUGGAGUGUGACAGCUCUGUGCUGGGCACCCUGCAGAAGCACCUGUCCAUGUAUAAGAUCCGGCGGAAGGUCACUAUGGAGCCACGGCCAGAGCUCCACGUGUGGGCUGUGCUACCCCGUGCCCCCCACAUCCCUGAGGCUGUACCACUAGAAGAGAGGGUGGAAGCUACCACCAUCCUCACCCGUGACCCCCGGACUGUACGAAUGGGGUGGCGGCUUCUCACUCAGGAUGAUGGCCCCGCCCUGGUGCCCAAGGCCCAGCUUGGGGACCUCCAAGAUUAUCACAUGCACCGGUACCAGCAAGGCAUCCCUGAGGGGGUCUGUGACCUGCCCCCAGGGGUGGCCCUACCCCUGGAGUCCAACCUGGUCUUCAUGAAUGGUGUGAGCUUCACCAAAGGCUGCUACGUUGGGCAGGAGCUGACGGCCCGCACCCACCACACGGGCGUCAUCCGCAAGCGCCUCUUCCCUGUGAGGCUUGAAGGGCCCCUGCCUGCCAAUGGUGUCACUCCUGGCACCUUAGUGACAGUGACUGCAACAGGACAGGCAGCGGGCAAGUUCAGGGCCGGCCAGGGACAUGUGGGACUGGCUUUGCUGCGGUCAGAGAUGAUCAAGGGUCCUCUCCACAUCAAGACCUCCGAGAGCCAACAGGUGGCUGUAACUGCCUUGGUGCCGGACUGGUGGCCCACAGCUGCCAAGUAGUGGAUGCCCUGGCACUUCACUGGCCUUAGAGUUACCAGGUGCCUCUGAGCCUCUGCCCAAGGUCUUCAGUUCUGUAUGCUGAGCCCUGCUGGAUGUGAGUUCCUCUUCCUGUGGUGGCUUCGUGGAAACACAACCACUGGGAAAGUCCCAUGUGUUCCCGGCUAUGGAUUGGCUGAUGCUUCUUGCAGAGGGUCCUACUCUUGUGGGCUGCCCUCUCCCAAGAAGUCUGUGAUUGAGAUCAGAGUAACCAUCCUGAUUCUGGGAGAGGGAAGGGUCUGAGCUCCCUUUUUGAACCAGAUUCUGAAUGAGAUUUGUUUGAUACCGGCUAUGGCCCAAGGCAGGGUGAGGCCUAUGUCCAGCCCAGGUCACUAAUCAUGUUUACCCUUGGAAGAAGGUACUCUGUGUGCCUGCAAAGUUGCUGGGUCAGGAAUGCAGGCUUUCUGUUCUCUUGAGACACAUCUCAGGGUAGCAAUUGUUUGAGCUGUGUGCAGGGUGGGGAGGUUGGGUUCCUUGGACUGGGACAUGUGUUCUGUGAGCCACAGGGACUGUGUGUCCACUGUCCCAAGCGUUCCUCUCUCUUCUCAAAGUGAGCUGCUGUCUUUUCACACUCCCCAGGAAGCUCAGGAGGAGUGGGAGCCCAGGGCUCAGGUCCCCCGGGAGGAUCUUCUGCGUGGCUAGCCUUUUUGCUGGUUUGGGAUAUCACUGUGUGCAUUUAGUAGAGAGUGACUUGCUGGCGGGGUGCACACCUCCCUCUGAACCACUUUUGCUAAGCUUUGUAAUGUGAACUGGGGGUCUCACCACAAGGCCUAACUAGUAAAGUGUGGUCUACAAAAAGCCCCUUUGGAACUCUUGCUUCAUUUCAGGAAGGUCUGGUAGAACAGACCCAUGGGACAGGUGCCCCUGGAGGUCAGUGAGCACACCAGAUAAAGGCAUCCCAUGAUUGUAGCUCUCUAGCCUGCUUGGUCUUACACUUGAGAUCCUCCUGCCUCAGCUCCAUAAGUGCUAGCUAGAUUGACAGGCAUGCACCACUGAGUUCCACAAGAUACACCCAUGUCUCUCUCUUUGGAAAGAUGUAUUUUGUUCUUAUGUCUGUAUGUAUAUGUCUGUGUAUGCAUACAGAUGUAUGUCUGGGUGUCUAUGACAAAAGGGGAUGUCAGAUACCCUGGUUUUGAGCUGCUGGACAUGCAUGAUGGGAACUGAACUUGCAUCCCCUGCAAGUGUUCUUAAUUGCUGAGCCAUCUCUUCAGACCCAAUAUAUUUAUUUCAGCAGAGUUCUAUGGGCCAUACUGGGCUGGCAGGAAGUGGGGAGGCACAGGGAGUGGGUGCACAGGCUUCAGGAUUAGAGUGGAUAACUCUGAACUGUUUUCUUCAGUGCCCUCAAGGUGAGACCAUGGAGAGCUGGGGUGAGGGUAGCCUGGGUAGUUAUUCUAGAGCCAGAGGCAGCAGGGACUCCUAAGAACUGUGACUUUGGAGACUAUCUAGGCUGGGGUUCUAGGCUCACUCUGUUCUGAAGUGCAGUUUGCAGCAGCUUAGAUGGAGGCAUGGGGGUUGGUGUUCCCUGAGUAGACUGGUGAAUUGGGGGUGGCCUCCCACUUAGGCAGGAUGUGAUGGGGCACCCUGAAUGACCUCACUUCCCAUGGUACUGAAUGGGUGGUCAGUGCUGGGGACAGGGACAGGGACCAGGCAGAGACAAAGGAUGGGUUACUUUGGCUCACAGGCUCAGGGGUUGCAGUUCAUAGUGGAGUUUGUGGCAGUGGGAGUGUGGCUGAGUCCCUCACAUGGUAGGGCACCAGGACGCAGAGACAGGGCAUCCAGAGGCAGGUAUACCCUUCAGAACAGGACAGACCUCACACUCCACAGCUUCUACAGCCUCCCAAGCAGCGCCACCAGCUGAGGACCACCUUGAGGCCAGAUAUGAGCCUGUGGAGGACAUUUUACAUUCAAACCAUGACACUUGGGGUACAUACCUAAUCUGUGCAGGUCCCAGAGUGACUGAAAGGCCCUACCUGUCCUGCUCAGAUGGGUAGGCCGGCCUGGUCUAUGACUGCCUUUGUCUCUGGCUUUGUCUCCGGCUGCCUCUCCACUCAGGAGCAACACUGCAGUUGUGUUGGAUGUUGAGGUAAAACAUGGAAGCCUGUGACUACUGGGCUCCUGCAGACCCCACCUAACAGCUUUUUAAAUUGACAUGAGGACCUCUCUGGAUUCCAGGCAGCAUCCUUUGGGGUUGCAGUCAUGGGACUGGCUUUUGCUCUCUCAAACCUGAUGGGGAAGUGCCACCCAGGGGUUGGUGCCUCUGGGCCUUGUCCCUCACAUAUUCCAGCUUUCAGGAGGCUAGAAGGUUUUAAGGCAGCCUCAUUAGGUAAGGAAAUCCCAAAAGAGGCAGGAUGCUGCUUUGGGCCAAGGCACUGUCUCCUGAGUGCAGUUGCCUGCUGCCCGCUGUUGGGCUCUUACGAUCUGUCUCAGAAGUUCAGCUGCCCUGUGCUGGGCUGAUCUGCAGGGACCUCAGGGCCACUCCUAGUGGUCCUGGCAUGCAUUUGGUCUUCACAUUCUUACCAGGGUCUGCCAACCCCAGUGUAGACCCCUGAAAACUCUUUAACUGCCUUUCCGUGUGUUCUGUAAAAAAUACAAAGCUGUGAAAAAUAAACUGAUUUGGGGCAAAAAAGGUGUAGCUGUUAUU